AAGGUGUGGGAGGCGGCGCUGCCGGGCUUAUUUGGCGCCGGAGUGAGAGAAGGAGAGAGGACCGGAGUUUGCCGGGAUCAGGCCAGCAAGGCGGGAAAAAAAACCUUAUCUUCUCUCCACAUAACAUACACCCCGGCUGCUCUCCGCCACCAUGUUCGAGGCCAGACUGGUGCAGGGCUCUAUCCUGAAGAAGGUGCUGGAGGCGCUGAAGGACCUGAUCGAUGAGGCGUGCUGGGACAUCACCUCCAGCGGCAUCAGCCUGCAGAGCAUGGACUCGUCCCAUGUCUCCCUGGUGCAGCUCACCCUCCGCUCCGACGGAUUCGACACCUACCGCUGUGACCGCAACCAGUCCAUCGGGGUGAAGAUGAGCAGUAUGUCCAAGAUCCUGAAGUGUGCUGCAAGUGACGAUAUCAUUACUUUAAGAGCAGAAGACAAUGCAGACACAGUCACCAUGGUGUUUGAAUCACCCAAUCAGGAAAAGGUUUCAGACUAUGAAAUGAAGCUGAUGGACUUGGAUGUGGAGCAGUUGGGAAUCCCGGAACAAGAGUACAGCUGUGUUAUAAAGAUGCCAUCCGGGGAGUUUGCCCGUAUCUGCAGAGAUCUAAGUCAGAUCGGUGAUGCUGUUGUGAUCUCUUGUGCAAAGGAUGGAGUGAAAUUCUCUGCAAGCGGAGAGCUGGGAACAGGAAACGUCAAACUAUCACAGACUUCAAAUGUCGAUAAAGAGGAAGAAGCUGUUACAAUAGAAAUGAAUGAGCCAGUCCAACUAACAUUUGCUUUACGAUACCUGAAUUUCUUCACCAAAGCAACACCCCUGUCUGCCUCAGUGACACUCAGCAUGUCAGCAGAUAUCCCUCUAGUGGUGGAAUACAGAAUUGCAGAUAUGGGACAUGUGAAAUACUAUCUGGCUCCAAAGAUCGAGGAUGAAGAAGCUUCCUAAUGAACAGUUUAUUUUUAUGCAUCUGUCACCCGAACGCCACAGCUCUUCAACUGCCUUGUAAUGACAGUAACCCGAAAUAACAACCUGGCUGAACUUCUAGGCAUGUCUGUAGAUAUUUCUGUAAAUACGCAAUCUUUGUAAAACCUGCCAUACGAAGUCAAUAAAUCUUUGUAAUAAUGA